CUGUGUGUGUGGCUGACAGGAUAUUUAUCUGUGUUAUCGGGGAAUAACGAAAAAUUAGAUGCAUUUGUUUCGGAAAGAGCUACGAAAGCUUUUGAUAUUUUUUCAAUACCAUUUGCUUUGAAUUUCGGAUAUCUAGUAAACACUUCAUGUUUGGUGCAUGUGCUGACCAGAAGCAGUUAGAUGAAUGUGGCCGUUCUAGUCUCCGGCUACUAGGUAAGCACUCGGUAGCCAUCUGCAGCUUCUCAUCGUUGCCGAAAGAUAUCUGUGUGUACUCGUGAUAGCGGCACUUUAAAACCAGAACUGUUUGCUGAUGUCCCACAAGUGUGUGUUGUCAUCAUCUGGGUGCGUCGUUGCGAAGACAUCCGUGACAGUGCUCGGGAUAGCGCACUUUUGGAGAAACCGGUGGCUGAGAAGCGCAUCACUAUGAAGCUCCUGGCGCUGGGUGUGGCCGUUUUGGCCACACUCUGCUCCUGUAACGCCAAACUGGCCAGUGUUACAUUCUCGGGAGACAAGCUCGUACCCCAGGACGGUGUCGUCGAGAACUGGGUCGCCAGGGCGAACUUCACCCGGAAAUAUUUCGAGACUGGCUGGGAUUUCCUGGAGGUGGAGACCAAUGGCGACUAUCCCGACAACGACCAGGCCUAUGCCGCCGGCCUGGUGGAGGCCUACCUCACCAAGGAUUUCAUUGUCAUGCACUGGAACAACACGGUAUCGGGUUACUGCCGGAGGCUCGGAAAGGAGAUGUGUGACCGGCUCACGAGCCACGUGGACGCCAACGAGCGAUGGGUGAUGUCGAUGGUCGAACAGAACGGCGCCAGCGAUCCCUACUGGCAUCAGGUGGGUCUGGUGUAUCAACAAAUGUAUGGAAUAGUGGACUACGUGGAGGUGACCCCCAACUAUGAGGACGAUCCCGGUGUGAAGUGGCUCAGCCUUUGGGGUGAUCUGGAGGACCUCGAGAUCGCUCUGGAGGACCACGAGAAGAGACCGAAGCACGUGAAGGCCAGCCUGGGGAGCCGGGUGCUGGGCUCCGGUCACUGUUCCGCGCUGGUUAAGGUGCUGCCUGGUGCAGAGGACCUCUACACGUCUCAUGUAACUUGGACCAGUUUCCAGACGAUGCUGAGGAUUCAGAAGAGGUACAUUCUGAACUACGGACAAACAGAGGGAGCGGACAAAGUAGCCAUUCCGGGUCGGAUCGCCACGUUCUCCUCCUACCCGGGCAUCAUCGCCUCACAUGAUGAUUUCGCCGUGCUUUCGUCUGGUCUUGUGUCUCAAGAGACAACCAUUGGCAACAACAACAAUGAUCUUUGGCAAUAUGUCCAGCCGGAGGGCCAGGUCAUGGAAUGGGUUCGUGUUUUGGUGGCCAAUAACCUGGCAACCAGCGGCGAGGAGUGGACGGACGUGUUUGGCCGCCACAACAGCGGCACCUACAACAACCAGUGGAUGGUGGUCGACUACAAGCGCUUCAAGAGCGGCGACAUGGCGCUGCGGCCGGGCCUGCUCUGGAUCCUGGAGCAGAUUCCCGGCACCGUGAUGGCCGAGGACGUGACUGGCGUGUUGCAGAGCCAGCAGUACUGGCCCAGCUACAACUCGCCCUACUUCCCAGAGAUCUUCAACAUGUCCGGAAACCCCGAGCUGGUGGACGAGUACGGCGACUGGUUCAGCUACGACAUGACGCCUCGCGCGCGCAUCUUCCGCAGAGACCAGGACGGCGUCACCGAUGUGGGCUCCAUGAUGAAACUGAUGCGCUACAACGACUACAAGAACGACCCGCUUUCGGCGUGCGACUGUGAGCCGCCUUAUUCUGCCGAGAACGCCAUCUCGGCUCGGUGCGACCUGAAUCCGGCCAACGGGACUUACCCGUUCAGCGCCCUCAGCCAUCGCCUUCACGGGGCAACCGACAUGAAGCUCACCACCACCAAAUUGAUGCCUCUGAUGGAGUUUAUCGGAAUCUCUGGGCCGACGUACGACCAGCAGCCUCCCUUCCAGUGGAGUCUGCUGGAGGCGGCCGACAACCUGGCGCACUGGGGACACCCGGACGUCUUCCAGUUCGGCCCCAUCCAGUGGAACUUCCAGUGGCAGUAGCUAAAGCAGUUACCACCCCUGCUUCUCUAUGUUAUUCAGUGAAGAAGAGCUCAUGGAAAAUACAUAUGACGUUCUUGUGA